AUUCAGAGUAUUCAACCUUCUCCAGAAAUCUCUAUACAAAGCCCCUUUCCUUCACCAGCAUUCUUUCCGUACUUCUCUGUUUGUCAAAAUCGCCAUCAAAUAGGUGCGAUUUGGGCAUAUAGUUCUGGAUCUGUGUUCUAAUCGGAUCAAUUCCGAUCUGAGAUUAGGGAUUAUUGGAAGCAAUUCAAGAUGUUUGGUAGGGCGCCGCCGAGUAAAAGUGACAACACCAAGUACUACGAGGUUCUCGGUGUCCCUAAAACGGCGUCGCCGGAUGAUUUGAAGAAGGCGUACCGGAAAGCUGCUAUUAAGAAUCAUCCCGACAAAGGCGGUGAUCCUGAGAAGUUCAAGGAGCUUGCUCAUGCUUAUGAGGUUUUGAGCGAUCCCGAAAAACGUGAAAUCUACGAUCAGUAUGGUGAAGAUGCACUCAAGGAAGGAAUGGGUGGUGGUGGUGGUGGCGGCAUGCACGACCCGUUCGACAUCUUCUCAUCCUUCUUUGGCGGGAGCCCAUUUGGAGGUGGUGGCAGUAGUAGGGGGCGAAGGCAAAGAAGGGGAGAGGAUGUAGUGCAUGCACUGAAAGUGUCUCUCGAGGAUUUGUACCUCGGUACCUCCAAGAAGCUCUCGCUAUCACGCAAUGUACUUUGCAAGAAGUGUAACGGUAAAGGGUCGAAAUCCGGAGCAUCAUUGAAGUGCACAGGCUGUCAAGGAAGCGGCAUGAAGGUCUCGAUUAGGCAGCUGGGGCGUGGUAUGAUUCAGCAAAUGCAGCAGCCUUGCGGUGAUUGUAGAGGAACAGGUGAGACUAUCAAUGAUAAAGAUCGAUGCCCUCAAUGCAAAGGCGACAAGGUUGUUCAGGAAAAGAAAGUCUUGGAUGUCCAUGUUGACAAGGGCAUGCAGAACGGCCAGAAGAUUACAUUCCCCGGAGAAGCUGACGAGGCGCCUGAUACGGUCACUGGAGACAUAGUAUUUGUGGUUCAGCAGAAGGAACAUCCUAAAUACAAGAGAAAGGGCGACGACCUUUUCAUAGAACACACACUUCCACUCGGUGAAGCUUUAUGUGGCUUCCAGUUUGCACUUUCCCAUUUAGAUGGACGACAGCUUCUUAUCAAAUCACAGCCUGGAGAAGUUGUAAAGCCUGAUUCGUACAAGGCGAUAAACGACGAAGGAAUGCCGAUAUAUCAGAGGCCGUUCAUGAAGGGUAAGCUCUAUAUCCAUUUUAAUGUGGAGUUUCCAGAUUCUUUGAGUACAGAACAAGUGGAGGCAUUGGAGAAGAUUCUUCCACCAAAGCCACAAUCGAAGCUUACGGAUAUGGAGGUGGACGAGUGUGAAGAGACGACACUGCACGAUGUCAACAUCGAGGAUGAGAUGAGAAGGAAGCAGGCGCACCGCCAGCAGGAAGCUUAUGAUGAUGACGACGAAGAUAUGCACGGUGGGGCCCAGAGGGUCCAAUGCGCUCAGCAGUGAUCAACUCUAUAUAUAGAAUCUUUAUAUAUAAGAACGCUGCGGUGUGCCUGAAUUUUUCAGACGUCUUUUUUUUUUCAAUUGCGUUGUCGUGACAUUUAUAAUGUUGUUUGAAACAAAUUAAUUCAUUUCAAGAUCUAUGUUGUUUGCGGACAUGAAUUUUAUUACGAGACUGUUUGAAAUCUUUUGAAUUUUCGGUUUCUCUUAUCUCUGAGUCACUGCUCCGGCUAGUGAAUAAAUAGGUUGAUGAUGACAA